AUGGCGCGAUACCUGACUAAAGUAAGGGACACCUUACAACAGUUCACCGAAUGGACGAUCGAAAAAAGAAAACGAACUGAAAAUGGACGUGCCGACGCCCUAGCAGGCAUAGUUGCUUCACUCCCUAUCAAAGAAGCCAUAUUAUUGCCUAUACAUGUGCAAGUCAACCCUUCCGUCGCGGAAACCUCCACUUGCAAUACCAUUGAGGCAAACCAAGCAGACGACCAAGAGUGGACGGAAGACAUUAUAAGGUACCUCCAAACAAGCACUCUGCCCGAAGAGCCCAAGCAAGACACAAGAUCCGGGUCCAAGCCGCCCGUUUCACCUUGA